AUGGCUUCACUACACUCAUCUGCCAUGGUCCUAUUGGCCUUUGCAGGCAGCAUUGCCGCCAUGGCUACAAGCUCCGCGGCCGCAGCCGGCCCCACCGGUCUCUCAUAUCCGUCGGGGUUUGAUAUGAAAACAAGCUGGGCUAACCUCAGUCCCUAUACCGAUGCACUAGGGUUCAAUGUCUCCAAAGGGUUUCCGUUGGAGUGUGAAUUGUCGCAGGUGCAUGUUCUACACCGCCAUGCCGAGCGGUAUCCGACACAAUGGAUUCUCGAUGGGGAAGGCAUGGAGAACUUCGCCCAGAAACUAGUCAACUAUACCAGGAAACAUCCAAACAAGAAGAUCGGAUCUGGAUCCCUGGCGUUCUUGAAUGGUUGGGAGUAUUUGCUUGGUUUGGACACUUUACUCCCAAUUGGCGCCGCUACCGAGGCCACUGCCGGUGCGCGAUUCUGGAGUCAGUACGGCCGAUUGCUCUAUCGCGCAAAAAUUAGUGAUGCGGCCUGGGAUGCAUCGUUGAACGUGUAUCCCAAUGGUACCGCGCGCCCAAAGCCGACUUUCCGCACCACUUCGUACCCCCGGAUUUUGGAGAGUGCUCGCUGGUGGCUGAGUGGCUUCUUUGGAAACACAGGAGCCAACAGCUCCUACUCGGAAUACAGUCUAACUAUUAUCCCCGAGGUUCAAAAUUUCAACAACACCCUGUCGUCGACCGAGUCCUGUCCGAAUGGUAUGGAACCGGGUGACAAUGCUGCUCAGGUGUUCGCCUCGGCUGUUGUGAAAAGCGCCCGGAAGCGCCUUGCGGCCCUCCUUCCCGAGGAUUUCAAGCUCGAUACCGCCGAUAUCCUGGCGAUGCUCAAUAUGUGCCCCUAUGAGUAUGCGACUUUUGGCCAGUCCUCGUUCUGUGCACUCUUCACCGAGCAGGAAUGGCGCGACUUUGAAUACUACAUUGAUCUCCAAUUCUACGGUGACUACGGUUUCGGCUCCCCCAGUGGUCGCGCCCAGGGAAUUGGAUAUGUUCAGGAGCUAGCAGCGCGCCUCCAAUCCAAGCUCAUCACGAGUAGUGACAGCAGCAUCAACUACACGUACGAUGACAACACCAAGACUUUCCCACUCGACCAGCCACUAUACAUGGACAUGUCCCACGACGAUAUCAUCGUGUCCGUACUGGCUGCCUUGGGUCUAGAAUACUUCAAGUACGGCCCUCAUGGCCUGCCUGUCUCGGUGCCACACGCCCCGCCCCGCAACUUCAACCUGAACCAGAUGACUCCCUUUGGCGCACGUCUCUUCUCGGAAGUUUGGACCUGCCCCAAGAAGGUUUCAUUCAAGAAUCUCCAGGUGCAGAAGUACACGAACCCCGAUCUGUCAUUGGAGCCUAACACUACUGACUACAUCCGAUUUGUGUUGAACAAUGCGCCCGUGCCUCUGGAUGGUCUCAAGGUCUGCGAUGGGUCUGUGAAUGGGUUCUGUAAGGUCGACCGAUUCCUUCGCGCUCUGCCUGAUCUCAACAAGCAGGCCAUGUACCAGGAGGCUUGUUAUGGUGACUACAAUAUCACCAGUCAAGUAGGCAAUGGGCAACCGAGAAAGCCUUGA